AGGACAGCUAGCAGCUGCCACCGUCAAUCUCACACACACACACUUACACACACACACACAUGCACACACAGUGACUGAACUGGUCCUUGUUGAGCACAGAGCUCAUGGCUGUCCCUGGAUAAGACACACGCAGACGCACACAGUGAAGGAAAACACCAAGAGAGAACGUCUCCUGACCUGCCAUGGGAAUCUAACCACCGGGCCUAUUCUGUGUACAUGUCAAAAGGACGGACCUUUCGAGAGCCAAGAUGAAAGUUGUGGACACCAUUUCAGUCUUUCUGCUGGUUCUGGUCACCUCAACUGAGGGGAUGCAGAGAGCACCUCGUAUCAUCACCUUAUUGGAGACAGUGGACAUACUUCUGGAUCACAAUGCCACCUUCAUCUGUGAGGUGGAGUCCCGUCCCCCUGCUGAGAUCACUUGGACCAAGAAUAACCAACCAAUAAUGUACUAUGACACCCGGUACAUUACAAGGGAGCAUGGGCAGAUGCUAAGCAUUCCUCGUGUAAGAGACACAGACAAUGGAGAGUACUGCUGCAUCGCCAGUAACGGCAUUGGAGAGGCAGCCAAAAGCUGUGGAGCUCUGCAGCUCAAGAUGAAGCCACAGAUCAAACGCCAUCCUACCAAUGUUACCCUAUUGGUAGACUCCAAAGCAGUGCUGCCCUGUGUUACCCUCGGCAACCCCAAACCAGAUGUCACAUGGCUCAAAGACGAUGAGAUUAUCAAAAUCAGUGACCGUGUUACCGUUCUUGACUACGGUGGAUUGAAGAUCCAUAACAUCCAGAAGCAGGAUGCAGGACAGUAUCGCUGCGUGGCCAGGAAUAGCUUUGGUUUGGCCUUUUCAAAGCCUGUCACCAUAGAGGUCCAGGCUCCAGCACGAAUCCUGCGGGUUCCUAAGGAGAAGCGAGUAGCCUAUGGCAGCCAGAUUUCCCUGGAAUGUAACGCCACAGGAAAUCCGAUCCCGACCAUCACCUGGCUCGAAAAUGGGAAUACUAUCUCAGGUGCAUCGGUCGAAGAGACUUUGAUAGGAGAGGUGAUCCUGUCUGUUCUCAAAGUGACCGUGAAUAAGCCGGCCCUGUUUACAUGUGUGGCCGCAAACAGACACAACUCUGGAGCAAACACUGUCAAGGCAACUGCUAAAGUCACUGUCGCAGAGUGGAGACUCUACAAGGGCGUUGCGGGCUACUGCAGUGCGUAUCGUGGAGAUGUGUGCCGCAACAUACUGCAAGAUGAUCUGCUGGUUUUCUUCAAUUCAUCCCUCUCCGACCCGGAGGACAUGCAGGAGUACCUGGUUCAGAGCUGGUGGACGGAUUUGGAAGGACUCAGCAUGCUGUGUAGUCCAGCGGUGCAUUCGCUGCUCUGCCACUCCUCCUUCCCCGACUGCAACCCAUCAGGGUUAGGACCAGCGCCUAAACCUGUCUGCAGAGAACACUGCCUGGCGGUGAAGGAGCUGUACUGCCAUAAGGAGUGGUAUGUGCUAGAGAGCAGCAGUUCAGUCCAGCCAGGCUUCUUCAGCUCCGUCCCCGGGUCACACUCUCCCAGUUCACUUCUGCCCAACUGUCAGGCUUUACCAAGUCUGCACACAGACCCUGAUGCCUGUACACAUGUUCCUUUUAUAGACAUCAAGAAAGAUCAAGUUACAGCAACAUGCUACAACGACAGAGGGCGUUUCUACCAAGGCAGCGUGAAUGUGACAAGGUCUGGGAUACCGUGUCAGUCAUGGAGCCAACAGGUUCCCCAUCAGCAUCGCCUGUCUGUGGAUGUGAUUCCAGAGUUGAAGAGCUCACAUAACUACUGCAGGAACCCGGGAGGAAUCAGCGAGAAGCCCUGGUGUUACACCUCAAAUCCCAACAUACGCUGGGAGUACUGUGCUGUGCCACAUUGUGGGGAGACAAUCAUAGCAUCAGAGAUGACUCCAGAGUCACAAUCCCCCCUUCAGACUCCUCGUCUCCCUCUCACGACCACAGUAUCUUCUCCAGCUUACUCCAUGUCCGUCAUCGUCAUCAUCUUGACUGCACUUGCAGCUUCGGUCUUCCUUAUCAUUAGCAUCCUCGCCUGCCGCAGACAAAGGAAGCAGUGGAGAAACCGGAAGAGGGCGAUUGAGACCCCGACCUUGAGCGCUCUUCCAUCAGAGCUCCUGCUUGAUCGACUACACCCCAACCCCAUGUACCAGCGGGUUCCCCUACUGCUGAACUCAAAGCUUCUGGCCCUUGAGUAUCCUCGAAAUAACAUUCAAUAUGUUAGGGAUAUUGGAGAAGGAGCCUUCGGACGGGUUUUCCAGGCCAGAGCACCAGGCCUGCUGCCAAUGGAGUCUUUCACAAUGGUGGCUGUGAAGAUGCUGAAGGAGGAAGCCUCAGCUGACAUGCAGAAUGACUUCCAGCGAGAGGCAGCGCUGAUGGCUCAGUUUGACCAUCCAAACAUUGUUCGACUUCUAGGUGUGUGCGCAGUGGGUAAACCCAUGUGUCUGAUGUUCGAGUACAUGGCCCAUGGCGACCUCAAUGAGUUCCUGCGUCGCCGAUCUCCAUGCCAAUCGGUGCGCACCCUGAGCCGCGCCAGCCUAUCGGGACGCAGUUUCUCCUCUGAGCUGGAGGCGGGACUUCUCACCUGUGAUGAGCAGUUUUUGAUAUCCAAGCAGAUCGCCGCAGGAAUGGCAUACCUCUCGGAGCGCAAAUUCGUGCAUCGUGACCUCGCCACCCGGAACUGCCUGGUUGGGGAGGAAAUGGUGGUGAAGAUCGCUGACUUUGGCCUGUCCAGAAACAUCUACUCGGCUGAUUACUACAAAGCCAACGAGAAUGACGCCAUCCCGAUUCGCUGGAUGCCCCCUGAAUCUAUUUUCUAUAAUCGCUACACCACUGAAUCGGACGUGUGGGCCUAUGGCGUAGUGCUAUGGGAGAUUUUCUCCAAUGGGAUGCAGCCUUACUACGGCAUGGGUCAUGAGGAGGUUAUCUACUACGUGAGGGACGGUCACAUCCUUGGCUGUCCUGAGAACUGUCCUAUGGAGCUGUACAAUCUGAUGAGGCUCUGUUGGAGCACACACCCGUCAGAUAGGCCCAGCUUCUGCAGCAUUCACCGGAUACUGGAGCGUAUGCAUCUAGCCACACAAAGCAAUAAUGCUGACACAGAGCCUGACUGCUAACAGGUGGACGUUUCCCCAUUUUUUCUGUCCCCGGGCACGUUGACUCAUGUAAAGAUGCUGCCUAAAAACACAUGUUAAAGGAACACUGGCACUGAGCCCAAGCAUACAAAGAAUACUCAAACAGUAAAGUGAUGUCAGUCAUUUUCUUUGCCCGAUUUCUUUUUUUCCUUUUUUUAUAAGAGAGGAAAGGGAGAAAAGAGGACAGGUCCGCAGUUGUAGUUCAAACCGCGGACACUGCCAUAAGGACUCUAGCUAAAUGACUCUACAUAGGAAGGAAUGUCGCAGGUUUCUCAAUGCUGAAAAUUCACCAGCCGACAUCCAUCACACCGGUCUGUUUUAUUUCUAAACCAUGUAAGAUGAACAGACCAGAUACCAAAUGUAAAGCAAAUGGGCGGGUUUGAAAGCAUCAGCGUGUGUGUUUUUGUGUUACCUGGGCCAGACGCGCCAGAGAUGUUUUUAUUAAGACGUUUAUCUUCUUUUUUGACACAAAGCAAUUCAGAUAUUCAACAUUUGAGUCAUUCGUUUGCAUUGACUUUGUAUGUAGUUGUGCAAUGGGAAACAUUUGCUUCACGUUUGGUGUGGACACAUCGCAAACCUGAACCCCAAAGCCUUCACUUUUGAAGACUUGUAGCCACUAUAUCAUGCAGAUACAGCCAUAAGAUUUGUAUCCACUCAAACACUAUGCUUCAUUUAUUGCAUGACUGCUUGUUUUUUUUUUUUAUCCCUCUUUAUUUUGAACUGUUACGAAUGGACUGACUCAACAUUAGGUUAAGACAGUGAAUGAGACAGGACAGGUUCAGUACCUGUCCUGUCUCAUACUGUAGUAACUACGUUUAAAACACCGUUGUUGUUAUUGUCAUCUAUAGUAAAUUCCACAGUGGCACACAAUCACUUUAAACCAUUGCUGUUGAUUGUUUUUUAUAGAAAAGAUGCUAUUCCAUUUUUGGGCAUUUUCAUUGUUGUUCUGAUCUUUGUCUUUUUUUUGUGUUCAUUUUUCUUUCUUUGACACACAGAGUGUGUCCUAACGAGUAGAUUGCAGCAGCAUUGGUAAAAAUAGUCUGAAGCUCAUUAAUGAAUUCUUCAAACGUGCGUCAUCAUCAAGCCCACGAGUCUGUCAUGAAGAGAUUUGUUUAAUUUCGCGAAAUACUUUAUUACUUAAUGUAUUAUAGUGUCUAAAAAUAGUUGAAGUGAAGAAUGAGCAAAGUGUCGUCGAAGUUCUAAAAUAACCUCGUAAUUACAGUUUAAAUCUUUCAUUGGUUCCUAAAAAGAUAGAAAACUCUCUUUGGGAUGUAAUUUUGAUCUCUGGUGUCAUUUCAACAGUUUUAAAUUAAGUUAGUGUUAAGUAUAUUAGGACUGAAUUGCAAACAUCUGUCGUGUCAUCAGUGUUUGUCAUGUGGAUUACUCAAAGCUGGUUUUUGUUUUUCUUUAAUCAAGACAUUAAUCACAGAAACAUUUUAUCUUGUCAACUUGAAAUGCUUUUCAGAUAACUUAAAUGAUGUCUGAAUGAACCAUUUUGGAUAUGUGUUACAUUACAUAAUGAUGCAGGUUUAUAAAGUAUGAUGUUCAAAUGUAUUGCUUGCAAAUAAACUCAUUUGCUUUUGAA